AUGGCAGACAGCUCCCCAAACUCCCUCCCGCCGCUGCGAAUCGGCACGCGACGAUCCAAGCUGGCCAUCGUCCAAGCGGAGGGCAUCCGUGACAACCUGCAAAAGCUCUCACCCGACCGAUCCUUCGAGAUCGUAACGCUGCACACCCUCGGCGACCGAGACAAGUCCACGGCGCUGUACAGCUUCGGCGCAAAGAACCUCUGGACCGCCGAGUUGGAGGAGAAGCUCAAUUCGGGCGAACUCGAUGUCGUCGUGCACUGUCUCAAAGAUAUGCCAACCACCCUCCCCGACACCUGCGACCUCGCCGCCAUCCCGCCCCGCGAUGACCCCCGCGACGCCCUCAUCAUCAAGUCCAGCCUCCCAUAUACCACCCUGCAGAGCCUCCCCGCCGGCGCCAUCGUCGGCACGUCCUCCGUGCGCCGCUCCGCACAGCUCCGCCGUCUCUACCCCCACCUGCGCUUCGCAAACCUGCGCGGGAAUGUCGAGACGCGGCUCGCGAAGGUCGACGACCCCGACGGCGAGUACACGUGCAUGGUGAUGUCCGCUGCGGGACUGGAGCGGCUGGGCCUUCAGCACCGCAUUAGCCAGUACCUGGGUUCCAGGGACGGGGGGAUCCUGCAUGCGGUCGGGCAGGGGGCGCUGGGGCUUGAGAUUCGGAAGGGGGAUAGUGCGACGUUGGAGCUGCUUGAUCGCUUGGGGGAUGAGGGCUCGACGCUGGCGUGUUUGGCGGAGAGGGCGCUGAUGAGGGCGUUGGAGGGUGGGUGUAGUGUUCCCAUCGGGGUGGAGACGGAGUGGGUGGAUUGGGCGGCGCGUUUGCUGGCGAUGAGGGCCAUUGUUGUCAGUCUGGAUGGGACGCGGAGUGUGCUGGAUAGUGUUGAGGUGAGGGUGCAGAGCAAGGAGGAGGCGAUUGCGCUGGGAGAGGAGCUGGCCGCGAGACUGGUGAAGGCUGGUGCGGAUGGGAUUCUGACUGAGAUUAAUACAAAUCGCCCGCCGAAGGAGUAA